AUGGCCUUAGACGAUUACAAGGAGCUAGAAGUUGUAGGGAGGAAAUCAAGUAUUGAAGAUUCUAGGUUUACACAACAAGAGCUUCCUGCUUGCAAACCAAUUUUGACUCCUGGAUGGGUCAUCACAGCAUUCAUAUUUGUCGGCAUCAUCUUUAUUCCUAUUGGCCUCGCUUCCUUGUUUGCAUCAGAAAGCGUGGUGGAAAUUGUAGACCGAUAUGACAAGGAUUGUGUUCCUUCAAAUUUUGGCGAUGAUGUGCUUGCAUAUAUUCAAAGCUCCAAAACUAACAAGACUUGCAUCAAAACUUUAACUGUUCCAAAGAAAAUGAAAAAGCCCAUUUAUAUAUAUUAUCAGCUUGACAAUUUCUACCAGAAUCAUCGCCG